AUGGCUGCAGCCACGGAAACCCGCGAGAACAUCCCGCCCGCGGACGAGAAGCUCGCCGAUUCCUUCAGCCGCGUCAACCUGGGCGAACAAGGCGAAGCUGAGGCGCCGCCCAAGACAGACGAGGAAUACGCGCAGGCGGUGCUGACGCUCCGCGCUAUUGUGUCAUCCAAGGAGGCCGGAGUCAUCAUCGGCAAGGCUGGCAAGAAUGUUGCGGAUCUGCGCGAGGAGACGGGCGUCAAAGCCGGUGUCAGCAAGGUCGUCCAAGGCGUGCAUGACCGCGUCUUGACGGUGACGGGGCCGCUGCAAGGCUGCUCCCGCGCCUACUCGAUUGUCGCCAAGGGUCUGCUCGAGGGGGCCCCGCAGUUGGGGAUGGGAGGGGUGGUUCAAAACAACGGGACUCACCCCAUUCGACUGCUAAUUUCUCACAACCAAAUGGGCACCAUCAUCGGGCGACAGGGCCUCAAGAUCAAGCAUAUCCAAGACGUGUCGGGCGUGCGGAUGGUCGCCCAGAAGGAGAUGCUUCCGCAGUCGACUGAGCGGAUUGUCGAGGUGCAAGGCACGCCCGAGGGCAUCGAAAAAGCGGUCUGGGAGAUUGGCAAGUGCCUCAUCGAUGACUGGCAGCGGGGCACGGGGACUGUGCUGUACAAUCCGGCAGUGCGUGCGUCUCUGGGCGGUCUCAACCACAGCGCUGGACCCUAUGGCAGUCGCUACAACCGCACGGGCAACGGGGCCGAUUUCAGCGACCCGGCCGGAGGCUACAACCGGCGCACGGGGUCGGACGCGAACCGGGGCGUUCCCCUGGUGACGGAGGACGGGGAAGAAAUACAGACGCAGAACAUCAGCAUUCCUUCAGACAUGGUGGGGUGUAUUAUCGGCCGAGGAGGGAGCAAGAUCAGCGAGAUCCGUAGGAGCUCUGGAGCUCGGAUCUCGAUUGCGAAGGCGCCGCAUGAUGAAACGGGCGAACGCAUGUUUACGAUCAUGGGGAGCGCUCAGGCGAACGAAAAGGCGUUGUAUCUGCUGUACGAGAAUCUUGAGGCGGAAAAGAUGCGCCGGAGCCAGCAAGCACCGGAGUGA